UCCAGACUUUGCUGACUUGGGAGUACCCCCACCUCUGCCCUCAUGUCAGUAUGACAUGGUUGGUCCGGAAGGUAUCGUUGAGUCUCAUCAGAUCACCAGAGACGGGAAAGCCGGUGCCGCCGAGGCUGUCGACUGUAAAUGGUACAUCCGCGCUCCGCCCCGUUCCAAGAUCUAUCUGCGCUUUCUGGACUAUGAGAUGGCAAACUCCAACGAAUGCAAGCGCAACUUUGUAGCAGUGUACGACGGGGGAAGCUCUGUGGAAGACCUGAAAAGCAAGUUCUGUUCGACCGUGGCCAACGACAUCAUGCUGGUGUCCACGCUGGGAGUUAUCCGGAUGUGGGCAGACGAGCUCAGCCGCAAAAGCCGCUUCCGCAUCCUUUUCACAACCUACCAAGAACCUCCAUGUGAUGCAGAUGCCUUCUUUUGUCACAGUAACAUGUGCAUUAACUACACUCUGGUGUGUAAUGGUAUGCAGAACUGUGUCUACCCCUGGGAUGAGAAUCAAUGCAAAGAGAAAACGAAUACCAAAUUCCUGGACAACCUGAACUCCUCCAACGGCGCCAUAAUCGGUGUGACUUGCUGCAUCGUCUUCAUCCUCCUGAUCGUCUCAGUGAUCGUUCAGAUAAAGCAGCCGCGUAAGAAGUACAUUUUGCGGCGAGAAGACUUCGACCCCACCAUGUUUCAGGAGGUCUUCGAGCCCCCCCACUACGAGCUAUGUACUUUACGGAGUGCCGCCACGCCCACGGCAGCCUCGGCGGAUUUGGUCGACUUGGCGGAGGACUUUGAGAACUACCACGCCCUGCGCCAGGCCUCCUCCCGCUGCAUCCACGACCACCACUGUGGCUCUCCCUCCUGCCCUGGCUCCGCGCACAUGUCGCAGCUGUCGCUCAGCGGGCGAGGGAGCCGGAGCAACUUAAGUGCCCGCGACUCGGGGGCCGCCGCAGCUCUGCUCGCAGACCUUCCGCAGCCGCCCAUGUCGGUGCGGCCCCUGCUGCCGGCCACGGGCAACCGCAGGAGCAUCUUGGUGAUGAAGCACAGCUACUCGCAAGAGGCGGCAGACAAUGGCUGCGACCUGGACGACGACCUGGAAGACGUUCCCACCACCAGCCACCGACUGUCGCGCCACGAAAAGGCAGUACAGCGAUACAUCAGACAGAUGCAUCAUUCUGCUGCAUCUUGCCAGGUUUGACAUCAUUUGGAGCUAAGGUUUCUCUCCUGUGUGCAUCCUGAGUGAUGAACUGUUGCCCUCAGUAACUUUACUGCUGUAGAGAGUUGUGUUCAGAAUAUAUUUUUUACGUUUAUGAUAAAGUUUUUUUUUCUUCCUUUUUCUUCUUCUUUGCCUUGGAUGAUAAAGGUGCAUUCUCCCCUUCCUGUGCCGCUCCACCCCAGGUUGGGGUUGAUGAGCAAUGGAGCAAUUGAUUUCAGAUCUUUUUAAGAAAAAAAAAAAAAA